AUGUGGGAGGGAGGCGUGCACGGGAGCCACCACGAGGCGGCGCGGCUGCUGCCCCCGUGGUUCGCCGAGCCGGCGGGGGGCGGCGGCUACGGGACGUGCGACGUGCUCGGCGCCGGCGGGCAAGGUGGGGUGUUCGGGUUCGGGUUCGGCGCGGCGGCUGUGGCCGCGCAGCAGCAACAGCAGCAGCGGGCGGCAGGGGAGGCCGGCCGGAGCAGCGGCAAGGCGGCGGCGGUGUCGGGGCUGCUGGGGACGCUGCAGGCGGAGCUGGGGCGGAUGAACAGCGCGGGGGAGAUGAUGGAGGCCAAGGCGCUGGCGGCGUCGCGGAGCCACAGCGAGGCCGAGCGCCGGCGCAGGCAGCGGAUCAACGCACACCUCGCCAGGCUGCGCAGCCUUCUCCCCAACACCACCAAGACGGACAAGGCGUCGCUGCUGGCGGAGGUGCUUGAGCACGUGAAGGAGCUGAAGCGGCAGACAUCGGCGAUGACGGCGGCGCCGCCUGCUGCCGUCGAAGACGAUGCCGGUGGGCCGGCGACGAUGCUGCCGACGGAGGCCGACGAGCUGGGCGUGGACGCGGCGCAGGACGGGGACGGGCGGCUCGUGGUGCGGGCGUCGCUGUGCUGCGAGGACAGGCCGGACCUCAUCCCGGACAUCGUCCGGGCGCUGGCCGCGCUCCGGCUGCGCGCGCGCCGGGCGGAGAUCACCACGCUCGGCGGGCGCGUCCGGAGCGUGCUCCUCAUCACCGCGGACGAGGGAGACCGGCAGCAGGAGGACGACGGAGAAGACGACGAGGACGACGACCGCGAGUGCGCCGCGUCUCACAGGAGGCACGAGUGCAUCGCGUCGGUCCAGGAGGCGCUGCGCGGCGUCAUGGACCGCAGGGCGGCUUGCAGCAACGACAACACGUCGUCGUCCGGCGGCGGCGGCGGCGGGAGCAUGAUCAAGAGGCAGCGCAUGAUCACCUACGGGGCCCGAGAGCAGUGCUCAGUCUAGUCAUGCCAUGCGACGGCCGCCAUUAGCUGAAAUUGGAGAAGAGUGCUCGCAUCGCAUGCAAUCCAUAUGCAACUUGAUUAGCAAUUAGCGUAGCUAAAGUUUUACUAUAGUUAUUUGCGAGCUUUGGGGUUGUGUUCAUUGGGUAUAAUGGUGUGCAUCAUGCACGGGGGUAAACUGGGAGGUUGCAGGAGGAGAGUUUUAGGCGCCCCCUUCGGCACAUGUGGUGCAUAUAUGCAUGCAUGGUAGGCCACUGUUUAUGCCUGGGGAAUAGGGAUGAAAGCUCUUUCUUUCAUAUGGAACGGUGAUAAUAUGCAUGGGAGAUUGGGAGUACUAUCUCCGGGUAUAAUGGAAGGCACAACCAGAGCAUGCAUCUGGGUAUAAGGCCAUUCCCAGC